CAAUAAUAUUGUUCUAAUAUUUUAACAAUUAGUGCUUUUAUGUUUGUUUUAGAACUUUGUAAGUGAGUGAUUUGUGGACUGUUUAAAUUGGAUAUAAGAAAAAAAAUGCUCCUGUUCUGCGAUUGUUGAAUGGCGGCCAUAUUAACAGGCGUGUUGGGAUGUGAUGCGCCGAAUCGACCACGCCCACAAUGAGCUCCUUCCUCAUGAACGGUGGAUAUCAACCACAGCCCGAUCCAAAAUUCCCACCCUCCGAAGAAUACAGCCAGGCUGACUACAUACCACCAGGAGAAUACUACCAGCAUCAACACUUACAAUAUGGCUACCAACACCAGUACCCGGUGCAAAUCGGCACGGGAUACGGGUACGGAGGGUAUUACCACCCGAUACCACAACACCCACCUGUGGCACCACCGCCGAGGCCCCCCGAGCCGUCUCAUCCAUCUGAUGCCGAUCAUGGCUAUAUUCCUUCUCACAAUGACGCUACUCCAGGAUUAGCAGAGCUUGGUUUAAGGUUAGAAAGACAUAUAGAAGAGGCGGCACCAGCUGGGAGGAAACUUCAGGCCCUAGGCCGCGAAGGCUCCCCUGGGUCCGAAUUGGACGAUGAGAGAUUGCUUCUAGAUAGUCCUCCCGUCGAAGACGAUGAUUCUUCAAUAUGUUCCGACAAUACAGACAGAGUUAUCUACCCCUGGAUGAAGAAAAUUCAUGUUGCUGGGGCUUCAAAUGGAACUUUUCAACCGGGAAUGGAGCCGAAACGGCAGCGGACGGCGUAUACCAGGCACCAAAUAUUAGAAUUGGAAAAAGAAUUUCAUUACAAUCGGUACCUUACUAGAAGAAGAAGAAUAGAAAUAGCUCACACUCUAGUCCUGUCGGAGAGACAAAUAAAAAUCUGGUUUCAGAAUAGAAGAAUGAAAUGGAAAAAGGACAAUAAAUUACCGAAUACCAAAAACGUUAGAAGAAAAACUAAUCCAGCUGGCGUCACUACGACCACGACUAAAGGAGCCACACCAAAGAGUAGAUCGAGUAAGAAUACAAAUAAUAACGAUAAGAAGAAAUCGAACAACAAUGGACGACCAGACAGCAUAGAAAACGUAACGGAUAACAUAAUGAACGAAUUACAUUGUGUUGGCGCGCAGCAGAAUAUGUCCCACGAUCCAUCGAUAAGUCCUAUGUCUCAUCCAGGCAGCCAGAUGAACCCUGGACAUCAGAUGACAGCCCAUCACUUACACAUGAUGGGCAUACAUGCAGGCAUGGACCCGUCACUGGUUGCAAAUUUAUCCGCCCACGGUUCACCAGUUGGCAACACGGGUUGCGGAACCGGUAUCGGUACAGGUAACGCGCCAGUCAUAAAAUCAGACUAUGGUCUCACCGCCUUAUAA